CCCGUGCGUGCGCCAACAACGGAACGAAAGAGCGAGCGAGUCAGAGUCAGUCGUCGUCGUCGUCGUCGUCGUCGUCGGUGCCCCUGUCUGCAGUCUUGCUCCGUUAUAAGCACGCUGUACAACGCUCGCUAGUCGCUGAUCAGUAGCAGCACAGCAGCAACGCAGCGGCACAGUACACAUACCUAUAUAGUCGUCGCCAUUUGAACUUUCUGUACGACAUAAUCAAGAUGCCGCCAAACGAACAAAUCCGUGACAUCUGCGAGUUCGAGAGCAGCCAGGAUGCCGCCGUGGACGAGGGCAAGAUCAGCGAGGAGGAGCGCGCCAAGCAGGCCAAGAUCCAGGCCGACAUCAAGGCCUACGAGGAACUGGUCGCGAUGCCCUUCUACAAGCGCCCCGACAUCAAGUGGUUCAAUCUCUACUUCAUGGUGAUGCUCCACCUCGGGGCACUCUACGGCUUUCUCACUUUCCCUUACUUUGAGAAGAAAGCCACGACCGUCUUCAGUAUCUUCAUGAUUUGCCUCGCUAAUUUUGGAGUCGCUGGAGGAAUACACAGACUAUGGGCUCAUCGCUCGUACAAAGCCAAACUUCCUCUCCGAGUUAUCCUCAUGAUUGCUUAUCUGUCAUCCGGACAGUACUCGCCACUGUACUGGUCGAGAGAUCAUCGUGUCCAUCACAAGUUCUCGGAAACCGAUGCCGAUCCCGUCAAUGCCGCUCGUGGAUUCUGGUUCAGUCAUGUCGGCUGGUUGACCAUGAAGAGACAUCCGGAAGUUGUCCGCAAAGGAAAAAUGGUCGAUGUCAGUGACAUUCUGGCUGAUCCAGUGGUUCAAAUUGGCGAGAAAUACUUCGAACUUUGGAGACUGUUGUUUGCCUUCAUCAUCCCAAUUCUCAUCUGCGUUUACGGCUGGAACGAAACUUGGUACUACGCUAUUUUGUCCCAAGCUUUUAUGAGAUACGCAUUUUCUCUUAACUGCACCUGGAGUAUCAACAGCUUUGCCCAUUUAAUUGGUGGUCAUCCUUAUGACAAAUUCAUCAUGCCAGCUGAAAAUCUCGUCAUGUCCUUCUUCACCGGUGGCGAGGGAUGGCACAAUUAUCACCACACUUUCCCGUGGGAUUACAAAACAUCUGAGUUUGGAAAUUACAGCUUGAACUACACCACCAUCUUGCUCGACUUGUUCGCCAAGAUUGGCUGGGCGUACGAUAUGAAACAACCCUCCAAAACUUUGAUCGAAAAUGUCAUCAAGAACCGUGGAGAUGGAACUCACGAAAUUUCCCGAAAAGCAGAGAAAGCAGAGAAAGCGCAUUAAACCCAUAGAAAUCUAACAAAUUCUUUUAGAUGAUUUUUCAUUAUUCAUAAUAAUCAACUCAUUUAAAAUAAAAAUCAUUAAAUUUGAGCGAAUAUAAGAUUAUCAUAAUGUGAGACGCCUUAUGCUUUCGUUUCAAAUGAAUUUAAAAAAUUGCAAUCAUUUUAGUCAAUAAACGGAAAACGUUGAUUUUA